CUGCUUCAAAUGUUAGUAUACACCUGCUAUUCUUGAUGUAUGUAUACACGGAUUUCAAGACAAUAGAUAUGGUAACAUUGAACGUUGGAUGACUUUUGUUUUCUGCAACGCGAGAUUUGUAUUAAUCCGUUAAAUAAACACUGCCAAUUGUCGAUUGAUUUCGAUACGUUAUUCAAGUUGCUUUCCAAGAUGGGAGUAAUAUUUCUAGAGCAUAUCGGUGGCAAUCGUCUGUUUUCCUGCGCUUCCUGUGAUACCAAUCUCACCAACAGGUCACAGCUCGUAAGCACACGCUUCACGGGUGCCACAGGACGUGCUUUUCUCUUUAACAAAGUCGUCAAUCUAAAUUAUAGUGAAGUGCAGGAUAGAGUGAUGCUGACAGGUAGACACAUGGUUCGAGAUGUCAGCUGCAAAAAUUGUGACGCUAAACUCGGAUGGGUAUAUGAAUUUGCAACAGAUGAACAGCAACGAUAUAAGGAAGGUCGUGUUAUACUGGAACGAGCUCUUGUCACAGAGAGUGAUGGGCUGAACGAGAGUGUUUAAUAUUUAACUGAGUAGUGUGUAUGUUAAAGAUUAACCAAUGUAGUUCGUACAUAAGUUAUUGCUAAUUUUCAAAUUGUUUGAUUUUAAUUUUAAUUUCAAUUUAGAAGAGACUUUUGAUUAGUAUCCAACUUGUUCAAGUAAAUAUUGAUGAUACUAAUUAAUUAAUGUGAUAAGAUGUCAAUCAACUUUUUUGUGUAAAUAUGGUUCCUAUUUUAUAAGAUGUUUCACAGAGUCUAUACUUAUU